AUGAGUAACGAUAAAGGCAAAGCACAUUGGGACGUGAGCACCACAGGUGUUUUUCUCAAAAUAUGUGUUGCCCAGAUUUAUAGCAAACUGCGUCAAGGAUCUUCAUUUACAAAACAAGGUUGGGACAACAUUCACAAAACUUUCAAUGAAAGGACAGGGACAGGAUAUGAAAAAAAGCAGCUGAAAAAUAGGUUAGAUAACUUGAGAAAAGAGUGGAAGACAUUUGAUAAACUAAUUGCUAAGGAGACCGUUAUAGGGUGGGACCCUGAAAGGAACACAGUGGUGGCAUUUGAUGAGUGGUGGGAGAGGAAAUUACGGGAAAAUCCAGCAUAUGAAAAGUUUAGGCACUAUGGGUUAAGGUUUCGCACUGAAUUGGAAACUAUAUUCAAGGACACUAUGGCAUCAGGAGAUGAUAUGUGGGCACCAUCUUGGACCGGGCCUGAGCCACAGAGGGGUGAUCAGCCAAAUGACUACCAACCAACAAUGGACUGGCAAGAAGGUUCAGGGGAUAGGCAAGACGACACUGGACGCCGUGCAGGAGGAGUCAAGGGAAGAGGAAGAGAAGUGAAGGGUUAG